ACAGCCACAGCUACACCAGUUACCACAACAACAGCCACAGCUACACCAGGUACCACAACAACAACAACAGCAACAGGCAGCGAUUGACCUGCAGCAACUGCAUCAGCAACAGUUAGGUCUGGAACAGACACUAGAUAUUCAGCAGCAACAGGAAAUGUUCCAACAACAACAACAGUCUUUUAUGGCUGGAACUGCCAUACAGGGAGAUGUGUUACAGCAGCAACCUGCACUGCUAGCCCAGUCAGUGAACCAACAGUAUGUCCAACAACAACCAGUACAGCUACUAAACAUGGCACUGGUGCAACAACAGCAAGCUCAUCAACAACAACAACAACGACAAGAGGUUAACCCUCAGCAGAAGCAUCAGGUGCCCCAGCAGGAGCAGCCGUCGUUCCAACAGUCAGAGUGGGAGCUGUCUACAUGGGAGGCCAUUGUGACCGAGGAUAUAGUCAGUCACUCUGCACCUCUACACCACUCCUCAGACUCCACUCUGCCCCUCAACAUUAACACAACCUCCGAUGCCCCCCUACACCCCCUCUCCCUCACCCUGACACCCUCCCCAGUCCAACCAUCCUCUGUGGCUGAGUCGGACAGCGAGGGCCCUCCCAAAAUCGAGUUUGUAGACAACCGCAUUAAGACUCUGGAUGAAAAGCUGAGGAACUUGUUGUAUCAGGAGUAUAGUAGUGGGGCAGCUGUGACGGGGGGAGCUGCUGUGGUUUCUACCUCAGGUCCCACCGCAGUGUCAGCAGCCUCCACAUCGGCAGGAGGGGUCAAAUCCUCGGAGCCGCAAUCGCUCCAUCUCUCCUCCUUCCCUACUCCUGCCUCCUCCUCCUCAGACACCUCUCCUCAUUCCUCCUCCUCCACCACCUCCUCCACCACCUCCCGCUCCUCCUCUACCUCUCCUGACCUGGAGAGGGGGAGAGGAGUGGGGGAGGAGGCUCCUCCAACAGGCCCGGUGGAGCAGCAGCCCGCCCCGUCUCUCUCCUCCGCCUCCCCCCCUUCCUCUCCCCUGGCCCCGCCACAUGGAGACUCUGCCGGGCCACCGCCUAUCCCUGGAGAACCCACCUUUCUUGCUGCCCCCUCUCACUCUGACACCAGUACCCCAGGAGAAGUCACUACGUGGCCCCCCAAUCUGCACCCCGUCCCCCUGGGCCAUCGACUGCCACAGCAUAAUGCAGGAGGUGGAUAUUUUGGCCUAAACCUGACAUGUCCUAGUAUCAGAAAUCCCGUUAGCAAGAAAUCCUGGACUCGCAAAUUCAAAAGCUGGGCGUGCAAACUGCGCCACUCCGCCAGCUUGUUCAAGAAGCCCAGAGUCAAGCAAGAUGGUCACUCUAGAGGCAGCCAGGCAGUCAGAGAGGGAGCUUCCUCCAACCCUACCCACUCACUCAAGGGACGAUUUCGGGUCACCGCAGUGCCUCAGCUCCCCGAGGCCUCUCCCCCCAAAGAGGCAGCCUCCGGUAUAGGCAGCAGUCACAGGAAAGUGGGGCGCUUCUCUGUCACCCAGACGGAGGCCCAAAGAGAGGAAAAAGAGCUAACAGACAGCUCCCCUGUGUCUCCUGACCUGGAGAGAGAAAGGAGGAGGGCCCAAGGGAAAGAGGGAGAGGAAGGGAAGAAGAAUGCAGCACUGAGCCACCCGCCCCGAGGACAUGGGCAUGGUCACUCACCCCUAGGCAGUAGUGAUGAUGAGGAGAGUGAAAUGGGGGAUGAAGACCUGAGGAAGGAGCUGCACAAGAUGAGAGAGAAACACAUCAAGGAGGUGGUGUCCCUGCAAGCUCAGCAGAACACAGAGCUCCAGGAGCUGUACAAACAGCUCCGCUCCCUCCAAGAGCACCGGCCGACCCUGCCUUUGCCCCGCACCCCAACCCUCCCCUCGGGAGCGCCAGCCCUCUCCCCCCGCAGGCCCCGCACGGCCAAAGCCAAGCUCCGGCCCAGACCCCACUCCCACAUAGACAACAAUGGAGUCACUGGUCACCCUGGUAUCCAGCUGUCCAGUAGUUUUUCAGGCGGAGAACAGAGCAGACUACCACCGUACUGCAACCCAGAACACACCAGCCUACUGACUACUAAAAGAGACCACAGUCCUCCCUCCCAAGGUGCCAGGAAGAGCACGUUCACAGAUGACUUGCACAGACUGGUUGAUGAUUGGAGGAAGGAUACAGUGGGUCCCACCCAUCCCAAGCCCUCGCUCAAUCAAAUCAAGCAGAUUCAGCAGGUGCAGGAGUUGAGAGGCUGGCCACAGCCCACAGAGGUGGCUCCUCCAGGUUGGUUCCCUGUGGCACCACUGAACCCCCAGGCCUCCCCAGCCCCAGCUCAGUACACUGCUGGGGGGAGCCUGAGCCAGUGGAGCGGGACGGGGAGACCACCAGGAUCACAGCAACAACAACAACAAACGCACAUGCCUCAAGUCCCACAGCUGCAGCAAAGUUUACAUCUCCAGCAAGCCCAGCCUCCUCACCCAUUACAGAUACAGCCCUUUCAGCAAUCACCUCUAUGCCUACAACAACAGCCCCUAAUCCAGACUCCACUACUGUCUCAGUCCCUGGCUCCUGUACAGCCACAGACUGGGCAACAACAGAUACCCAAGCAGCCCAAUGUAGGUGUAGGAGCCUCACCACCGAAUCAGAAUCAACCUCUGUUGCCUUCCCAGAUACCCCAAAUGGCCCCGUCAUCUGAGCUGGCCCUAGCGCAGCCUGGGUGUCUGAUUCCUGGGUCUAGCACAACCACGGUGGUGGGAACCAUAGACACUGGACCUGCUGCUGCUGCCACCGGUGUCCCCGGAGGGACAUUCUGCUCCUCCUCCUGCUGCUCUGCUGCAGCUCAACCAUCCAGUGCCAAACUUCACCCCACGCCCCCAACCUCAACUCUUCCUCUGGGACAGCAGUGAAAUGAAGAAAAUUAAAAAAGGGAAGAGUGAUGUCGAUUAUGAUGGAACGAGGGAAGGAGAAAAAAAGAUGGAGAGUGUGUAUGUUAUGAGAGUUAAAUGUCUGAGAAUGAGAAAAUGGACGCCAGUGGGUGUGUAAAGUUGAGAUGGGGAGUGAAUGAGAGAGAUGGUUGAGUCUAUGUAGAGUAUGUAGAGUAGAGUAUGUGCAGACAGAGGGGAAAUUUGGAACUCUGGUGGGGUUAUUGUUGUGUUUGAGUGUUGAGAUGUACAAACUUGCGUAACGUUUGUGUGUGUAUUUGUGUGUGUGUGUUUGUGUUGCCAUUGAUUUUCUCAAUACAUAUCUCUUGUGUGUUUUGACACCAAGUAACAGUCAUGUUAUUUUUUUAAAUCCAACUAAUUUGGACCCUGAACUCUUCUCCCAAGCAGAGACAUGAAGGAACACAAACAUUAUGACAUUAUUAUUGUAUUUUUUAUUUGUCAAUGCUUACUUAUAUUGAAAAGGACUAUGGAUUUUAGAAGUGCAAUUACUAACUGUCAUCUAAAUGUUAUCAUCCUGUAUUGUUUGUAAGGCAUUUAACAAAAUAUUUUUGUAGAAGCACGUUGACAACAAUCAACCAGACAUUUACAAGCCAAUACAGUGAGCCAACACCUUAUAUGAACAUAGCACAAAUGUUUCAACAGGCUACCAAUGAGAUGUAAAGCAGUUACAACAACAGCAUGUUACAGUAACACCACAGAGCAUGGUAAAAAUGGUGCUACCUGGCUAUUAUCACUACCACAAUGUCACUAUGCAUACUGUUGUACGGUGUAGUGCACUGGCAAGGCAUGUACUUUGUGUAUUGUUAUAUUUUACAGUGAUAAGUAGUGGUAACAACUAGGUUAGAAGAUUUCAAAUAACAUGUUGAUGAGUAACAUGAAUCAAUUCUGAUCAAUUGAUUUCCUCAAUACACUGAAAAAUGGAUUUAAUUGAUGAAUAUGUUCAGUGGGCUUUCAUUUAAAUCUUACUGAAUAAACACUCAUCGAGACUAAAACUGCAUGAUUUUACGGCUACAGCAUACCUUGACUUGCCUGACUUUAGUGCAAUCUACUUACAAGUGUUUAUAUAUAUAUAUAUAAAAGCACUUGUAUAUAUAUCACGUCUGCUGCUGUGCACAACAGAAAACAUUUGUUUUAGAUAAAUGUGUUAUUUCCUCUACCAGUUUCAGCCCUGCAUAUUGAAGGUGUCAUCCAAGGAAAACAAUGAUGAGAAAACAAACAAAAUGCCAAGUCAUUUCAUGGUAAUGGAGAACCCAUGUAAAUGUAUAGGGGCUGUUCUCAUAUUGCCUUUUGGAAUGAAUACUUUACUGUGUGUGUGACUGUGCACCAAAAACGUGGACUAUGUACAAGAAGUGCUAUAGUUUCUAAACGGUUCACCCUAUAUGAUGAAAAUACCCUCAGAUUAAAGCCGACAGUCUGCACUUUAACCGCAUAUUAAUUGUAUAAUUUCCAAUCCAAAGUGCUGGAGUACAGAGCCGAAACAUCACAUCAUGUGUCACUGUCUCAAUACUUUUAGAGCUCACUGUAUGAGACAGACUGCUUCAUAGUGAAUUGAAAACUCACCCUAAAACUACUGAAAGUGGAAGGAUGAAAACAAAACAUUGACAUUUCUAUUGGGGAGCUAAAACAGUUUGUGCUUACGCUUAUGGUUGUUCAAAAAGUAAAACCGUUACAAAUUGCAUAUGAAUAUAGAGUUUAACAUAAUGGUUUUCAGUAUUUGUUUUUUUUAUGAGACAACCCACAUUUUCACAGUAAUAUAGUUGCUGAUUAUUAGUGGAGUGGAGGAAGUGCUGUCAAGUCAACACUAACAUGUUGACCAUAUGUCACAGCUUAAUGAUAUUCAUGAAAAGGAAAUGUGGAACUCACCCUUUCCUGAAGUGUUACCAAAAUGUAAUCUAAAAGAAGAAAAUAUUAUUUUUGUAUUUUGAAAUGGGGUUGUACAAAAUGUAAAAUGUGUUCUUCUGAUCAACAUUUAAAAUCUGAGGUUAUCUGAUACUAGAAAACAUUGGUUCUCAUCUCUGUUGAUGGAGUCCCCCUCAUGCAUAUAUUACAGCGAGGGGGAAAAAGUAUUUGGUCCCCUGCUGAUUUUGUAUGUUUGCCCACUGACAAAGAAAUGA